AUGGACCCCGACGCCGCCGCCUACUUCGAAUGGACGACCGGAACUAUGGGUGGUGGUAGCGGUGGUAGCGGUCAUCGGAGAAAAGAUGGAAUUGCGGUUCUGGGCGCAUCGCGCAACCCCUCCAUGCAUCGUGGAUCAUCCCGGGUCAUGGACGUCGAUCUCCAACCAAAUGCCGAAGCUAUUCAGUCUCGAUGUCUCCGGUACCAAAUCGUCGCCAUCGGCCGCUAG